CUCGCCGCCGCCGCCGCCACCGCGACCACCGAUCUCUCCGGCCAACAGUUUCCUCGAGUUGCUAGAAACCCCUGCUUGCAUGUAAGAAUUCUGUGCUCCAUUCCCAGCUGUUUAGUUUGCUUUCGUUGUUUCAAAUUCAUAAUUUUCACUCAACGGUGCGACUGCUCCAUGGUAUUGUUGGUUCUCAAUUCGUGCCUUCGCACAGUGCAAAAAAUCUGUGUUUGACCCACAGUUCCAAUUAACUUCAUCCAUUUCCAUGUCAAAGAAAGUUUGAAGCUUGAGCUCGUUUCAGUUUAUCAUUUCCCGCGUUCUGUUAGAUACUAUUGUAUUCAUGAUAAAGAUCGAAGCUUUCAUAUGCAAGUUUGAGAUUUCUUGUGCUCCAUGUAAAUAGAAAGUUAAUGUUGAUGAACUGUUUAGAGUGGCACAUUGACUUUGGUGUGUCCUGAGAAGCGUGACAGUGUAUUUGGCCUGCUUUAAGGAUACUGCAAUUGCUUUAUUGUUUCCCUGUUUUCUCUUGUUUGAUGUAGCCUUCUAGCCAGUUAGUUCGUGGAUUGAGGCUGCACAUUCACCAUUUCCUUGUGUCGUUGGGAUGAAUACAACAACUUACUUACAGCCCAAUUUCGUCAACUUGAAAAGGCUAAAUGCUCCUGGCCUAAAGUUUGGAAGACUACUGAACUCGGUGAAGAUCAGGUCUUGCUUGUCAGAGAUAGCAUCGUCCACCAGCGAGGAGCAUGGUGAUAAGAGUUUGCCGUUGGUGAAAAUGUGUGGGAUAACAUCGGCUAGAGAUGCUGCCAUUGCUGCAGAAGCUGGGGCUGAUUUCAUUGGGAUGAUCAUAUGGCCAAACUCCAAGCGCUCCAUUCCACUUUCAGUCGCAAAAGAAGUUUCGAAAGCUGCUAGGGAAAAUGGAGCGAAGCCUGUCGGUGUAUUCGUUGAUGAUAAUGCAGAUACUAUAAGGCGAGCUGCAGAAGUAGCUGAUCUUGAAUUUGUACAGCUUCAUGGGACUGGUUCAAGGGCGGCUCUCCAACAAUUAGUACAAGAUACCCAGAUAGUCUAUGUUCUUCAUGCAAACAAGGACGGAGAGCUUCUGAAUCAAGUCUCGGAUGAAGAAAGUUCGUUGGUUGAUUGGAUUCUCUUUGACAGUGCAACUGGUGGCAGUGGAACGGGAUUCAACUGGGCUCAGUUUAAGUUACCACCAAUCAGGAGCAAGCAUGGUUGGCUCUUAGCAGGAGGGAUCAACCCUGAAAACGUUUGUGAAGCUUUGACCACCCUUAAGCCUCAUGGUAUAGAUGUUAGCAGUGGCAUUUGCGGCUCAGAUGGGAUAAAUAAGGAUCCAUCGAGAAUCGCCUCGUUCAUGACUGCUGUACGUUCUGUACGCUAUUGAUCCUAACAUGAAAGCAAAAAUAUGCCUGAAACACAAUGCAGGCAGUGUUGCAGCAUACUGUUGUAUUCGUCAUUUUAUUUGCUCGUAAUUCGAGUUGAAGAAAUCGUAUUAUCUCGU